AUUCCCCUCCUCCCUUCCCCCAAAUCCGCGGUUCGCCACCCUACCUCCAGCAAAUCGGCACCCGCCUCUGCGCCCUCCUCGAGGCCCGAAGCCGCGAUUCCUAUGGAGCGCACCCCGCGCCUGAUCUGGGCCGCCCUCGCAAGGCUCCCCCCGCCACCGGACCCAUGGAUCAUCAUCGGUGGAAGGCCGGGACGAGGUGAGGUCGGCGACGGCGCUGCUGGAGGCGAGGGCGUCUUCGCUGAAGAAGACGGCAGCCGCGCCGUUGGGGGAGGAAAGGCGGGCAGCAACAAGCCCGCGGGAGGCCCUGGCUGGGACGCCGCGGGUGGCUGUGAGGGUAGCGGCGGCAAGCGCCCAGGCCGGGACGCCGUGGCUGGCCAUCGGGGAGGUCAAGGGGGCGAAGGAGGCGGAGGAGGAGGCGAAGACGGCGGGGCAGGCCGCGGCGGGCCUCCCACGGCUCCUACCAGAGACGGCCAAGAUGACGACACCGUGGGGGCAGGUUGCGGCUUGGCUCUCACGGCUACCAGCAAUGAUCAGCGGUACAAUCCCUACACUGAUCUUCUUCUAUGUGGGACACCUCGAUCGGCAAUUUGGAAACAGGCUUGGUACAGUAGGCCGCUGCUUCUCCAUGACAAGUAUCUAGUGUGCGCAAAGAAAUCUGUGGGCACAUCAGCUGUAGUUGGUGGUGGUGAGCCUUUUGUGGACGUGUCUCAAGAAAUGACGGCAAUUCUCAAUAACCAUCCUGGUCCGAUCGGUAGCUUUCGUGUGGAGACAUCAAAAUGGACACAUGAUUGUGUAAUUCGCACUUGGCUUAAAAUACUGUCCAACAAAUCUGCAGCUCAAGUCUCAGUUUUGAAUUUGGGACACGAAACCAGCACUGCAUUCCCCAUCGAAGAAAUGCAAAGUCCAAAUCUUCAAGAUUUGCACCUGGGUUUUAUGAGAAUCCCUGAUCUGGAUCUUCUUUGCUUCAACUACUCAGCUUUGCAAGUGAUUUGGCUGUACUGCUGCUCCUUUCAAGGUCUGAAACUUUCAUGGAUCAUACAAGACUGUGUGUGUUUGAGGGAGCUCCACAUCGGGUUUUGCACUGAAAAUUUAAAGGUCAAUUCGAAAAGUUUAGAGCUGGUGGAGAUAUGGGGUACCUCAGCAGAAUGGUUAGUGAUUGAGUGUGCGCCGAAACUGACUGUUUUAGGUACUUCAAUCAUGCCAAGAGUUGCCCAUACACCGGUGAAACCAAAAAGAUGCUUCCCAAAAGUUUCAAUUUCCAUCAAUUGUGCUCCUUGCUUGAAGACAAUGAAUCAUCUUCUACUCCCCUAUCACAAGAUCACUGUUGAUAGCAUCCCCAUCAUCAUGGAGUGUGCAGCAUGGACAUCCAUUGAAAUCUUGAAGAUAGGUUUGAACAUGUCGAAUCGCUCUCAAAGAGACGGUCUACAUAAAAUAUUGGACUUUGUGCCGAAGUUGCACCAACUCUGCAUUUUGCACCUAGAUAAAGUUGAUCAUGCUGAAGGAUUUGAAGUGGCAAUUGAUUGUCCAUUUGAUGAUAUCAACCAAGUUAUAUGUGUUGCAACGUGUCUAGAAAGCUUUGCAAUUCAGGAGUUUAGAGGUGGACCAGCAGAGCUUCACAUGAUCCAGAGUGUCCUGAGGCACGCUCCAUGCCUACUGAAGCUCAAUACCAUUCCUUCUCGGUCUUGUUCGCAGAGACAGAUUCGUCAAGCAACGGCUGAGAUUGGGAGUUAUAGAAGACUCUCUGAAGCCUGCCAUGUCAAUCACCACUCUCCCAAUGAAUAAAGAAGUCUUCCUCAAGAAGCUGCAGUCUUUCAUGAAAUGCAAAAGGAGCUCGAUUUGAAGUAAUUGAUUCUGGCAAAUUCUAAUUUGUAUAAAUGGGAAAGAGAGUGCUGUGCUAAUUGUACAAAUGGGAUAGAGUGAUGUACUGAUUGUACAAAUGAUUCUUGCUGUGCCUGAUAGCCAUUUGGUCUGAUAGUUUGAGACUCAGAGAUUGCUGUGCAGUAGUAGUUCUUUACUAUCUUGCCGUUAUCGGCUGUAAUUUCUUCCACUUAGUUUGUUGCUGAUUUCUUGAUUGGUACCGUGGCAUUGGAAUGUUGGAAAAGUUUCUUAGUCGGUACAUACUGGAUCAAUGUUUGUGAAA